AUGACGGAGAUUAAAAUUGAGACCGCUCCUGAGGGCGCAGGGAUUUCUGAAAAUGGUGCGGUUGACUCGAAGAAUGGCACAGCGCCCUCUGCUCAAGACACCCGACCACCCGAAGAUGCAGACAAAAUUUCAACAUCUUAUUGCGUUCCUUUUCCUAUCGCUAUUGUCGGAAUGGCAAUGAAGCUUCCCGGAGGUGUCACCAAUGCCAAAUCAUUCUGGGAGAUGCUUAUUAACAAGCAGGAUGGCCACUGCGAGGUACCAGAAACACGAUACAACGUUGACGCAUUUUACAGUCCCUUUGUGCCUGGCACUGUAAAAACUCGACAUGGAUACUUCCUCAAGGACAACAUAGCCCACAUCGAUCGAUUAUUUUUCAACAUGACAACAACCGAGGCAGGAAAGCUAGAUCCGCAGCAGCGACUAUUGCUAGAAGUCGUAUGGGAAUGCGUGGAGAGUGGCGGACAGAGGAACUGGCGUGGAAAGAAUGUCGGUUGCUUCGUUGGUGUCUUUGGCGAAGACUGGCUAGAAGUGUCAACAAAGGACACCCAAUGUAUCGAUAGGUUUCAUGCUAUGAGCACAGGAGACUUUGCGAUUGCGAACCGGAUAUCGUAUGAAUAUGACCUCAAGGGUCCAAGUAUUACCUAUCGGACAGCCUGCUCAUCUUCUAUGGUGGGGCUACAUGAGGCCUGCCAGGCAUUGUACAGUGGUGAAUGUGAUUCAGCCGUUGUUGGCGGGUCGAACCUCAUUCUGGCACCGACCAUGACGACUUCAAUUUCCGACAACAUGGUCUUAUCACCUAGUGGGUUAUGCCGUACUUUUGACGCCAGUGCCGAUGGCUACGGUAGAGGGGAAGCAAUCAAUGCCAUCUUUAUAAAGCCUCUAGCAGAUGCUCUUCGGGAGGGUGAUCCUAUUCGCGCCGUCAUACGAUCUACCGCUACCAACUGCGAUGGGAGGACACCGACCAUAACAACCCCAGGGUCAGAAGCGCAGGAACGUCUCAUCCGACAUGCAUAUCUAAAGGCUGGGAUUGAUAACUUAUCACAAACUGCCCUCUUUGAAUGUCAUGGCACUGGAACAAUUGCAGGCGAUACCGCAGAGACAAGCGUUGUUGCCAGGAUUUUCCAAAAGGACGGUGUUUAUAUCAGCGCGGUGAAACCUAAUGUUGGUCACUCGGAAGGUGCGUCCGGUUUGACAAGCAUCAUCAAAGCUGCCUUAGCGCUGGAAAAGAGGAUCAUCCCACCUAAUGCCCAUUUCUUGAACCCAAAUCCAAAAAUUCCUUUCGAAGAAGGAAAAUUGAAGGUGCCUGUAGAGCCGAUGGCGUGGCCAGAAGGGAAGGCCGAACGAGUAAGCGUGAAUAGUUUUGGAAUCGGAGGGACAAAUGUCCAUGCCAUUUUGGACUCUUUCCCACCCGCGAAUUCCACGUCACCUGGUGAUGUACCCUGCUCAGGGAACCCAAGGCUAUUGGUAGUUUCCACAAAGAACGCCAAAUCACUAGAAGAGGGAGUGAAUAACAUCAAGCAAUAUUUGGCCCAUAGUUCUGUCAAUAUCAACGAUCUGGCGUAUACUUUAGGCACCAGAAGGGACCAUAUGAAGCAUCGAGCAUUUGCAAUUAUCGAUCAGGACGGUACAGUAUCGGACUUUGAAAAGUCCCGGGAAACCAAAUCGGGUAUUGUGUUUGUGUUUAACGGCCAAGGUGCACAGUGGGCGGGCAUGGGAAGAGAAUUAUUAUCAGCAUCUCCAAGCUUUUGCAGAAGUAUUUGGACAAUGGACCAAGCUCUGAAGCGGUUGAAGAGCCCCCCAGAAUGGAAUUUACACGAUGAGCUUCUGAGAGAAGAUAACUCGACCAGGAUUUCGGAACCUGAAUUUUGUCAGCCGAUCUGCACAGCAAUUCAAAUCGCACUGACUGAUAUUCUCCGAGCCUGGGGUAUACAUCCAGAUUUUGUCAUUGGCCAUUCAAGUGGAGAGAUUGCCGCUGCUUAUGCUUCUGGCGCAAUUAAUGCUCAAGUGGCUAUCUCCUUGUCGUACUACCGAGGCCAAGCUAUGAAGUCCACAACACAGCGUGUGGCAUGUGAGAACAGUCCGCAAAGCGUCACAAUUUCUGGGGAUGAAGAUAUUCUGGCAGAGGUGCUUGAAAAGAUUGAAGCAGAUGAGCCGGAUACGUUUUGCAGGCGACUCGAAGUCUCUGUUGCAUAUCACUCCGAGAGUAUGCAAAAGCCUGGAGCUAUAUAUAAGCGCGACAUCAUGCCAGUCAUAUCCUACAGCAGCACGAUGACGCCACUCUAUUCGACGGUAACAGGAGCCGUCAUACGUGCUCCUUCUACUCUCGAUGCAGCAUACUGGCAAAACAACCUGCAGCUACCAGUUCUUUUCAAUGAUGCCGUCCAGACUCUAAUACAAGACACUGGCGGGCCGAACAUAUUUGUAGAGAUUGGGCCACACUCAGCCUUGUCAAGCCCCCUCCGUCAGAUCUUGCGCUUGCACGACUCCAACCAAACAUCAAAAUACAUACCUACCAUGAUUCGAAACCAUCCACAGCAGAGAGUUCAAUUGUCGGCUAUCAACGGCACAUUUGGAAAGGUUCUGACAGAUCUACCGUCUUACCCUUGGCUGCACGAUGAAGAUUUGUGGACUGAGACUCGACUCGCUCGACAGUGGAGACAUUGUCGAGAGCCUCACCACGAGCUUCUAGGCUCCCGAUGUCUGGAAUCUGCUGACAUCGAACCCUCAUGGAGAAAGAUUCUCCAUGUAGACCGUGUACCCUGGCUGUUGGAUCACGUCAUGGGCCAAGAUGUGAUAUUCCCGUGUGUUGGAUACAUUGCCAUGGCUGGUGAAGCAAUUCGACAGAUUACGGGGUCAGAAAGCUACAGAAUCCGUAACUUGCUCAUGAAGACCCCUCUAGUGUUGAAGGGAUCGGAACCAGCUGAAAUACUCACCAGUCUUCGUCCAGUGAGGCUGACAGAUACGGAAGACUCAGUCUGGUUUGAGAUAACCAUCAUGGCAUACCAGAACGAAUCAUGGAAAAAGCAUUGUGUUGGACAAGCAAGGGCCGGUACCAGUGGCUACCAUCUUCCCCUUGAAAACAAGACGUAUCCGCGUUCGCUUCCUUCCAAGGCAUGGUAUGGGGCGUUGAAGAAGCGUGGGUUCGCAUUUGGACCCGCGUUUCAACGUCUGGAAAACAUCUCUGCCAGUCCCUCCAGUUGUCAUGCGGUUGCCUCUAUUCAUUGCCAUCCCGACGACAAUGCGAAUCACUGCGAUCGAUAUACACUUCAUCCGACAAGUAUAGAUCAAGCUCUCCAGCUAUUUGGUGUUGCGGCGGUCCAUGGUAUCUGCCGUCACAUUACGACGUUUAGUGUUCCUGUAUCGAUUGAAAACAUUGAUAUCUGCCCCGGGAAGGGUCUCAUGUCUUUACAUGCCUUUUGCAACUCAUCGGCCCAGUCAAUCACUGGUGAUGUGAGUAUGGUUUCAAAGGAUGGUGUUGUUCUAUCAAUGAUCAACGCAACGCUCGUUUCUGUUGACGAUCAGGAUUCUGCUACCAACAAAGUAUCCAUGAUUACUAAAUUAUCUUGGAAGCCGCAUAUUGAUCUGCUCAACUCUCCGGACCAAAUUAUUUUUGAAACAAUACCCGAACAUCUUGCGGAGUUGCUUCAAAAUUUCACGCAUUCGUUGAUUCUGGAUACUGCAGACAAGAUACACUGUUUGCAACCAAGUAGUCCUCAUCUGAAAAGUUAUCAAGGUUGGAUCAGUUCCCAGGUCAAUGAUCUGCCGCGAGCCAGGAGCAAUGUGAAAUGUCUGGACUCACUAUGCAAAGAUGACCCUUUCGCCGAAUCCAUGGAAGAGCUGGAGCUAAACAUACCUGAGCUCCAUGUACUCUGCAGCAGAGCACGAAAUAUCUCCAAUCUGUCGGUUGACUUGAUGGAAGGGAGAAUACGGCCCGAGGACGUCGCAAACAAAGAGGAUAUUUUAACAGCAGUGUCUGAUUUCCUGUACACGAGCGCUGGCUGCAGGCGUUUCUUUCGCCUACUUGGUCACUCAAACCCAACCAUACGAGUCCUUGUAGUUGGUAUAGGCAACGGAUUUGCAAUAUCCCAGGCCCUUAUUGACCUCACGUCAAAAAACGGAAUCCCGAUGUACGAAAAAUUUACCGUCACUGAUACAUCAGCUGAUCGCAUCUCCCGGGAAAAGGAGAGACACGAGUCGGCCAAGAAUGUCGAGUUUACCCUGCUGGAAAUCAGCAGGUAUCCCGUAGAGCAGGGCUUGGAGCCUGAGAGCUAUGAUUUAAUCAUCGCCUCCGAGGCAUUUGAUACAGACAGCCACGCCUCUUCUGUGUUCAAGAUUAUCUAUUCUCUUCUUGCCCGGGCGGCCGAGCACGAUCUCAAGAGAUCUGUUGUCUCUACGCAGGAUUGGCAGAAAAUCCUUCAGGAAGCUGACCUUUCGGAUGCUGCUGAAUUGACGAGUCAUUCGUCGCCUUAUCAUCUCGACACUAUAAUUGUGUCGCGACCUCGCAUCGCCUCCCCUCACCGUGGUUGUGUGGCUCUUUUGUACCUGUCGAAAAUCAUGGACUGGGCCCGGUGGGUGGAAGAUUGUCUAAUUCAGGCCGGCUAUACUGUGACAUGGGUAGCUCUGGGAGAGCGGUUGCCCAUGGCGGAAGAUGUCAUAUCUCUUAUUGACCUUGAAGGCCCAUUCUUUGCUGACAUGUCUGAGAACAAAUUGGCUCAAAUCCAGCUAUUCGCUAGCCAAAUGACGCACUCCAGGGUUUUGUGGGUUACUGAUAGCUCACAAAUGGAAUGCAAAGACCCUCGGUCUGCGUUGGCGCUGGGGUUUGCGCGAACGAUGAGACACGAGAUAAUGCCGGCUUUUGCCACUCUCGAAAUGGACCAAUACGAUGCCGCUGGUGUUGUCUCCCUUCUUCGCACUUUGCAGCACAUACAGGGAGAAGGGAUUUGCCCCUGGCUUGACCCAGAUCGCGAGUUUGCGGUACACAAAGGAGUUAUCCAUGUUAGUCGAGCCCAUUGGACCCCAGUUCAAGAGGCACUGGCUGCUGUGAAGCCUUUGGACGACUAUGGAAAAGUCCUGGAUAUUGGCACAUACGGAUUGUUGAGCUCACUUGCGUGGCGUGAACAAGCUUCACGCGAUUUGAAAGACGAUGAGGUCGAGGUCGAAGUCAAAUACUGCUCGUUGAACUUCAGGGAUAUAAUGGUUGCCAUGGGUGUUGUUGGGAACAAAACCGAAUUUGGCCUUGAGGGCAGCGGGUUCAUUCGCCGAGUUGGUUCCUCGGUCAAACACCUCCAGGUUAACCAGGCGGUUGUUUUAGUGACAGACGGACUUCUAUGUACUCGCAAGAUUGUUCCUGCUCACUGCUGCUCACCCCUAGUGUCUGGCCUUUCACUGGCCGAUGCAGCAACAGUACCAAGCGUAUUCACCACCGCCAUCUAUUCGCUUAUCGAAAUUUGCAGGCUUCAGGAAGAACAGUCCAUACUGAUACACUCUGCAUGUGGUGGAGUUGGUCUUGCAGCGAUUCAAGUAUGUCAGAUGCUCGGUGCUAAGAUUUUUGCUACCGUUGGAAGCGAAAGUAAGGCUCAAUACCUCGUGGAAAGCUUUGGAAUCUCUCGAGACCAUAUUUUUGAUUCCAGGAGCCCGUCCUUCUUUCACGGGGUGAUGGAGCAGACUGGCCAUCAGGGGGUAGAUAUCGUUCUCAAUUCCCUAUCUGGAGAGCUACUACACACUUCCUGGAAAUGUGUCGCCAAACGUGGGAAAAUGAUCGAACUCGGAAAGCGCGACAUGUUAGGCCAUGCCCAGUUGGACAUGAAAUUAUUCACUGGGAACAGAUCCUUCAUCGGUGUCGACCUAAAGCAGCUCCUCGAGGACGAGCCUGAGUCACGCAGUUUGAUUCAACAGGGCAUGGAAUAUAUCACACAGGGUAAACUCAAGCCCAUCCGGCCAGUUACCUUCUUUGAAGCAGUCGAUAUUCCGCAGGCUUUUGGACACAUGCAAAUGGGAAAUCAUAUGGGAAAGGUCGUGAUCAAAAUGCCCGAGAAUUCUACGUUACGGCCAGUCACUGGUAAUAUGUCAUUCUUCAAACUUCCUCCAAAUGUCUCUUUCCUCCUUGUUGGUGGUCUCGGAGGCCUGGGUCGCGCGGUGGCUACGUGGAUGGUGGAAAAAGGUGCUCGAAACUUUGUUUUCCUGAGUCGAUCUGCUGGGAGAAAUCCGGACUCAAUUUCAUUUAUUGAGGAGCUCGAAAGUCAGAAUUGCGCAGUGACUGCGGUCAGUGGAAGUGUGGACGACAUGCAUGACGUACAGCGGGCAGUCUCGGCCUGCAAGAACCGGAUCGGGGGAGUGAUACAAAUGUCCAUGGUACUCAGAGACCAACUUCUGUCCAAAUUGACACACGACAGUUGGAUAUCGACACUGGCCCCUAAAGUCCAAGGCACAUUGAACUUGCACAAUGCCUUGAUCGGUAGCAAGCUCGACUUCUUUGUCUGCUUUAGCUCUAUCGCCGGCCUGUGUGGAAAUACUGGCCAGACAAGCUAUGCGGCAGCCAAUUCAUUUUUGGAUGCCUUUGUUAAGUAUCGUCAAGAGAAUGGUCUUGUGGCAAGUGUGAUUGAUGUUGGACUGAUUGAUGAUGUCGGAUUCGCGUAUGAGCAUAUGCCAAAGCUCAUACAGCGUGCGUACUCCACAUCAAUGCAAACCAUUGGGGAGGGCGAUUUGCUCCAGGCCUUGGAGCUGGCCAUGAGUCAGCCAGGGCACUUUGCCAGCGGCCUCGGAACCACCAGGUCUCUGUCUGAUCCUGGAGUAGUGCCCCCUUGGGACCAGGAUGCUCGAUAUAGCUUCUGGGGAAGAAUGGUCUCAGUUGAAGAACAGAGCACAGCAACACUACAUGGAGAUUUCAAGGAUUUGGUCGAGAAGAUUCAAAGAGACCCUCAAAUAUUGGAUGAUCCGGCUACGGAAAGCCAAAUCAUCAAGGUACUCGGCAGGGAAAUCGGAUCACACCUUUCCAAUACUAAUGAUAUGGAUGAUGAUGAGGUCUGCAACAUGGUGAUAGAAUCCCUGGUCAUGAUCGAGAUUAGAAGCUGGUUUCGGCGUCACCUGAAGCUGGAGGUAUCAUUGCUAGACAUCUCGAACGCAUCAACUAUUGGAGGUCUUGGAAAGGUUACAGUGAACGCUCUCCGCGUCAAAUAUCAGGCGGGUGAUACGGAAAUGAAGGAGAGCAAAGGUCCUCCGACUAAAACUGAUGAUCUGCAUCUGGGAGAUUUGGUCCUCGGUCGGGACUUCCGUCCAAUUCCUGGCCCGGUGCCAGAAUGGCACUCCGAGACGGAAGGCCAUAUACUCUUGACAGGUGCCACGGGAUUCUUGGGCGCAUUUCUGCUCUCUAUGCUGGUAGCACUGCCUAAAGUUCACACCGUCACUUGUUUGAUCCGAGCUGCCGAUGGUGCAGCGGCAAUGGGUCGACUGGAUGCGACAUUCAAGAAAUUCGAUCUUCCAAUCGAUUUCCAACACAAGAUUAGGACGGCUCCUGGUGAUAUUUCGCAACGAUAUCUCGGCCUGGGAGCCACAGAGUUCGCCUAUUUGGCCGAGAAAUGCAGCUCCGUUUUUCAUCUAGGAGCUGUAGUCAACUAUACCUUAUCUUACUCUGCCCAGCGUGAGGUGAAUGUGAUGGGUCUUGUCCAUGUUCUAAGCUUCGCCAAUACUCAUCGUCUGAAGUCCGUCCAUUACUUUUCUGGACUGGCGGCGUACGGUCCCGUUGGCUUUCUGGGCGGACAAGACUAUAUCCCCGAAAACCAAAGACCAGUGGCUGCCCAGAGGCAGUUACGGCAUCAACAGGGUUACCCCCUCACAAAGUUUGUUGCCGAGAGUAUUUGCUGGGAUGUUAUCGCAAACGGCUUCCCUCUCAGUAUCUACCGACCUGGCUUCGUUCUGGGGCACAGUGUAACUGGCGUGGGAAACCCAGAUGAUGCUGUGAAUAGAUUCAUGUCCACUUGCAUCCGUUUGGGCACAUUUCCCCAUCCCCCCAACCAGCGCAACUUCUUCGUUCCUAUCGACUUUGUGUGUUCAUCCGCUGUACAUAUUUCUCUGUCGAACAAAAAUAUCGGCCAAGCAUACAACCUGAUCCACCCGGAUCAAGAUCAGAACAUCAGCCUUUCAAGCACAUUCAACAUCCUCAGUCAACUUGCCCCACAGCCUCUGCGCAGCGUUACAUUUUCCCAGUGGCUGGAGCUAGUAUCAGGCACAAAACUUCAUGCUCUGAGCCAUAUUGCUCCAAUUAUAGCAGAGAGAUCGUCCGAGAGCUCCAUUUGGUGGGACAGCGAAAAUGAUGACGUGGUUGUGUAUGGCACAGAGAAUUUGCACAGGGCUCUAGAAAAUCGGCCCGACAUUUUGCAGUGCCAAAGUAUGAUUGAUCUGCUGGAACUUUACUUCAAGGAAUGGUCACAAUAG